AUGGCUCAGAGCACGCACAUCCCAAGAGCAUUCAUCACAGGCGCCUCCGGGUUCCUGGCGACCCAGAUCAUUCUCCUGCUGCUCGAAAGGGGCUACCACGUGGUGGCAGCAGUCCGGUCCCAGGCCAAAGCCGACGCCUGGUGUAGCCUCUAUCCCCAGCAUCUGGAACAGGGCCAGAUCCAUUUUGUGGUGGUCCGGGACAUGCAGGAGGAUGGUGCAUACGACGACGCCGUCCAGGGCGCCGACAUUAUCUUUCAUACAGCUAGCCCUUUCAGCUUCACAUUCGAGGAUAAUGAAAGAGAUAUGCUUAUACCCGCGCGCAAAGGCGCGCUGUCUGUGCUGGAGUCGGCGAUGAAGGCAGAUACGAUCCGCAAAUUCAUCUAUACGAGCUCAUUCGCUGCUGUCACAUCUCCUCAUCUAGACCCUCGACCGGGGUAUAUCUAUUCCGAAAACGACUGGAACCCGGUGCAAUGGGACGAGGCGGUGGCAUCAACGGACAAGCAUUUUGUAUACCUAGCAAGCAAGACGUUUGCUGAGCAGGCCGUCUGGGACUUCGCAAGGACGCGAACCCCGCAUUUUUCAAUCACCAGGCGAGUUGCCUUACUAUUCUUCCACCUCGCUUUCCAUAAGCGCAUCUACUCCCCAGCCCUCCAUCUCGGAUGCCGCGUUCUCGACCGACUCAUUGAUGCGCACGAAAUGCCAAGGACACCCGCAUAUGUCUGCGUCGACGUCAAAGACUGUGCCCUUUGCCACGUCAAGGCUGCCGAAACCGAUGUUUCUCGCGGGCAGCGUUAUCUGACUGUCGGAAGUCCUUUCAGCCAGCCCAGCGCGGCACAAACGAUAGCUCGCUUAUUUCCUGAGCAGGCUCAUCGCUUGCCUUCGGCCGGAGAUCAAGUGAACCACUACGGCUACUCCUCGGCGCGAGCGGAGAAGGAUCUAGGCAUACGAUGGACAUCGUUCGAGACUACUAUUCAGGAGACAUUUCAGCAGCUUCUGGAUAUCAAAGGCCCAUUUUAG